GUAGAGUUGACAGGUUGUUGUGAUUGUUAAUGGCCAUUGGCCACUAUGGCGGCUGUGUGGCGCAUGCGCGUAUUACCCACCCCACGCUAAAGGCUAGCAUUAACUGCUACAGUACAAUAUAGCCAAUACCUCACUGUAGCAGUCGUUAACAUCAUCAUAUUGUCGUCACGGUUUGUUUGAAAGCCAACAACAGUAAAGAAGCGACUGGAGAAAAAAACAAGGUCACUCACAGGUGUAAGCACAAUGCUGAACGCCACGAAUGGCGACCCGGGCCACGUUGUUGUCAAUUAUGUGGAAGAGUACUUGGACCUGGUGGAGUCGCUCCCCUUUGAUUUGCAGAGGAGCGUGUCCCUCAUGAAGGAAAUUGAUGCCAAGUAUCAAGACGUUCUGAAGGAGCUCGACGAUGCUUACGAACGCUAUCGCAAGGAAUCCGACUCACCCCAGAGACGUAAACUUCAGAUGUCCAUCCAGAGGGCGCUGAUCCGCAGUCAGGAGCUUGGUGAUGAGAAGAUUCAGAUUGCUGGACAAAUGGUGGAGCUGGUGGAGAAUCGGACACGACAGAUAGACUUGCAUGCGGAACUCCUCCUCACCUCCCAAGAAGUCCCGGAGAGCCACAUCGCCACAGCGCCAUCCAUGGCGACCGCCGCGGCCUCCAUGAUGGCGUCCUUGUCGUCAUCGUCCGCCGUCACCCCGAACAAAACGGGCCACCACGACAAGAAGCGCGACGAAGCCACGCCGGGCUCUGUCGGAGGCGGAGGGGGAGACAAAUCCGGUGGAAAGCGCUCCAGGCGGCAGAAAAACGGUGACGGCAGGGAGAGUUAUGGUGGCCUGGACCCCGCCGAGGACGUGGGAGCCGGGGCGUCCCGGGAGAAGAGGGCCAAAACGUCGUCCAAGAAGAAGAAGAGGUCAAAGGGGAAGUCAGAGAGAGAAGUGUCUCCUCCCGACCUGCCCAUCGACCCAGACGAGCCUACAUACUGCUUAUGCGAGCAGGUGUCCUACGGCGAGAUGAUCGGCUGCGACAAUGACGAGUGUCCCAUCGAGUGGUUUCACUUCUCCUGCGUGGGCCUCCACCACAAGCCCAAAGGCAAGUGGUACUGCCCUAAGUGUCGGGGUGAGAAUGAGAAGACCAUGGACAAGGCCUUGGAAAGGGCCAAGAAGGAGCGGGCGUACAACAGGUAGCCUCGCCAGCACUUGUGACAUUUUUAUUAUUGCUAUGACUAUUAGCCUUUUUUGUCUGUGUAGUUGUGUAAAUAGCUAUUUUUCUAAGACGGUCAGGACUUGUACUAAACAUGCUUUUGUUUCUACAUGCAUGCAGCAUCUCAUAUUCAACUGUAUGUGUCCUGUUAAAUAAAUCAUCCUUCAACACACUCAAGUGUUUUGUUUGUGACGUUUUGUGCCAUUUUAUGUUUUUGUUUGGCUAUCAUCUCAGUUCCUUACAAGGGCCCUAGCCUGAUCAGCAAAGUGUAAAGACAAAUUGGAUAUUGGUGGAUCCGGCGUCAAACUGUGUUUGAUUAAUUUGUUCACAAAACAGCAGUGAAAGCAGAAAGAGCGGUGACUGCGAGGUAGGUCGUUAGCUCCCCCAAAACAAAGAUCUCUUUUCAUUGCUUGCUGACUUUGGUUUUACUACAAGACGUCCAGCAAGUGGCCAAACGUGGACUUGCUAAAGAUAGGAUGUGAGAAAUUCAAACGAUAUUGUGGAAAUCUCGUGACGUUCUCCAACCCAAUGUUUCAAAAGAUUGAGGCGUGGCAUAAAAAUAAAAGCAGGGAUAACCUUCAUGGACAACCAGCAUCAUCCAAUGGCAGAUGACUAUCACUGUACUGCUCCACUGAAAGACUGAGCAGAUCAUUCCUCCCCCACACCAUGGCACUUUUCAACAGAGGGGGUGCAAUUAAAGACACACAGGACUGGAUUUAUGACCUUAUUUAUGUAUUACACUACUACAAAUUUGAAGAGAUCCAUAUUUAUUUAUUCUUGCUCUAUUUUCUUGUCUUUUAUCUCUCCUGUCUUGCCUGGGUUGUUUUAUUUUGUGAUGAAUGUGAUUACGCUUAUUAUGACAUUUUUGCAGAGCUGCUGGAAAUGUGAAUUACUCUUGGAGAUUAAUAAAGUAUCUAUCUAAAAUGGCAGAGCAACAGUUAUUCUUCGUGACCAAAAAUGUCCAAUUGAAAAUGCAAUUUUUGUUUCCACACUUAACAUAAACUAAUGCAAUACUUUAUGCUACCAUUUCAAUUUGGACUACUGGCCUUUUUGUUGGAACUUACAUUUGUCCGCCCAGUGGUGCAGCUGUUUCUCAUUCAACGCAUGCAACAACAUGUCACAAUUUUUAAUGUUCUGCAUCAUGUGACUUGCUCCUGAAAACAACACUAAGUUUGCAUAGAUGUUGGAUACUGGUUUGUGUAAAAAAAAAAAAAAAGUUCAGCUUUUUGUUU